AUGGUGAUAGAUAAUUUUAUUACCGUUAUAUUAUCAGUUAUUAAAACUGGCUUAGGUUUAUGUGAUGAAACAGACAUUACUGUUAAAGGUCUCGAAGCAAUAAAAUCAUGCGAAAGAGUUUAUUUAGAGGCUUAUACAAGUAUUUUAAUGGUCCCCAAAGAACAAUUGGAAAAAUUUUAUGGAAAAGAAUUAAUAAUUGCAGAUAGAGAAAUGGUAGAAUCGCAAAGCGAUGAAAUAUUAUUGAACGCAAAUUCUUUAAAUAUAGCGUUCUUGGUAGUUGGAGAUCCUUUCGGUGCAACUACACAUACAGAUUUAGUGAUACGAGCUCGAGAAUUAAAUAUUCCUGUCACAGUAAUUCAUAAUGCUUCAAUUAUAAAUGCGAUUGGUACUUGUGGAUUACAGCUUUAUAAUUUUGGUCAAACUAUCUCUAUACCAUUUUUCACUAAUACGUGGAAACCAGAUAGUUUUUAUGAUCGUAUUAAAGAAAACAAAGAUUUAGGAUUGCACACUUUGUGUUUAUUAGCAAUCCAACAACUUUUUGAAAUUGAAGAAACUCGUAAUCAAAAAGUUUACACAACCGAAUCACUAGCAAUCGGUAUAGCCCGCCUUGGUUCAUCAACGGACCAACAAAUUAAAGUUGGCACUUUAAAUCAAUUAUUGUCACAAGAUUUUGGACCACCGUUACAUUCUUUAGUUAUUGUUGGAUCUAGAGUUCAUAUUCUUGAAAUCGAUUUCAUGAGAUUUUUUGCAGUUGAUAAACAAUUGUAUAAUGAAAUUGUAAAAAAAGAUUAUGGAAUAUAA